AUGUCCAGCUCACUACCACGCCCCAAGCGCGCUGGUGAAGAUUUCGCUCACGCCCACUACGACGACGCUGGCGAGGAAGCUUCAGAAAACAAAAAGCCGCGCUUCGACCUUCGUAACCCCUCAUCACUUGCUGCCGAUGCGCAAGAGGACGAUGCAAUUCUGGACGCCGACGAGAUUGGCCGACGUGGCCAGCAAAUACGACGCAAGGCGAUCAACCUUGACGGCUACGACUCGGACAGCGACAACGAAGGGUUCUCUGGCCGCGGGGAAGAGAAAUCGAAGCGCAAACAGGAUAAGCAGGAUGCCGAUGAUGAUGACAUGUUUGCCGAGCUACAAGAAGAUUUUGGCGAAGAAGAGGUCGACGGCGAUGAAGUUUUGAACAAGAACAAGAAGUCCGUUCGUUUCCUACGGGAUGACGAGAUUGAGGGACAGGUCGCUUCUUCGAAGGGCGGAGGAACGCUCAAUGUAGAUCUGAGCAAGGGCGCAGAUCAGAUGGCCGACGACAAUGAGUCCAGUGACAGUGAGGUUGGGGAGGAAGAGCGCGCACGAGUUGACGAAGAGGUCGACGAGGAACUUGGCGCUGGCGCGAAGAAAAAGCACGCGCCUCUACUUGAUGCCUUCAACAUGCAAAAUGAACAGGAAGAGGGUCGAUUCGAUGACCAAGGCAACUUCGUUCGCAAGGCAGCAGACGCAGACGCAAAGUACGACAACUGGUUGGAUGACGUUUCGAAGAAGGAUAUUAGAGCAGCUAAGGCAGCUGCCGACAAGCGCGAUGCAGAACGCAAAGAGAAGGAUCGAAUGGACGACAGCAUUCUGACAUCGGAUGUCCUUAAGACUAUCAUUACACAUCUCGAACGCGGUGAAACAACACUUGAAGCAUUGGCCCGACUAGGCAAAGGCCUUCGCCGGAAGCCCAAGUGGCAGAACAAGAAGAACAAGAAGAAGGACACGGCUGAAGAUACUGAAAUGACGGACGAAAACCCCGAAGAAGCGUCCCGAAAGCAGGCAAUUGAUGCUAUAACUGGCGCCGCCGAUAUCUUGAUGGGCCGAGGCCAAGUCGAUAUAUAUGACACAGAGCGUGAAAUGCUCACUCGCCAAUACCGCAAUGAGACCGGCGAACAAUGGGUUGACCCUCCCUCCUGGUCAGGGAAUGGAGAGACAGACCAAGGGCCAGCCAUGUGGGAAUAUCGCUGGUCUGAUGCUCGAGAUGGAGGGAGUGCCCAUGGCCCGUAUGACAGUGCCAUGAUGGACUCAUGGAACAGUGCCGGCUACUUCGGGGAAGGCGUCGAGUUCCGCCGAGUGGGCGACACAGGCUCGUGGAGUAGCAGUGUUAGUUUUGUCUAA